AUGGCAGAGAGAGUCGGAACACCUCAGGGAAUGGCACUGGAGAUCAACAAGCAUUUGACUCUACCACCAGCAGCACACGAAGCAUGUCUAGCAUGCCAGACCAACAUUGAGAGACAGAUUGAUCAAACUACUCAUCUCUUCCAAGGGACCGGGCAAGACAGUCUUCCUCCGGAAGGCGCCACGUUCGUGGAAGGAGUAUCUGCACAAAGCCAUCCGGCACAUGCUCAAGCAAACUCUCAAAUCGAAAACGUGCAGACAGCUGUGAAAACGAAAAGGCAGUGCUGGCAGCGGCAGAGAACUGUAUUGAUCCCGCGUAAUAUCGAUCAGAAAUGGCGGGCGCUCGGAAAGCUGGAAUGGGCCCUUCUGCAGGAGAUUCGAUCAGCUGACGAAGCAGUCGAGGCAAGUCGAUUAAGCCAAGUUUGUGGCCAUGAGUCUGAUGACUGGUUCAUGGUGGAUAGAGUGGACUGUGCACCGCCAGGAACUAGCGGCUCCUUCGAAAGUCACUUUGAUCUGCUAAGUGACAAACGAGAUCAGAAUUGCGCAGAAGCCGAUUGCUCAGCAUCACCGGUGGUGCUUGAAUGGUAUCUCAGAAGAUGUGGUGAUGCGUCGAUAGCACGAGAGCGAUUGGCGGAGCUCGAAGACAGCUCUUGGGUAGGUUCGAUUUUUCGAAUGCCGAAGAUCCACAGUGAGAUCAGGAGGCGCAUAGUUUGGCAUGCAAGCAAGUCGCUUGCAGCGUGGCUUACACUAUCCUGCGCUUCAAGCUUGGUAGAGCCAGCUGCAGCAUAUCCGAUCGAACCGGGAGGCUACCACCAUGAGCGGCCGAGCAGCUUAGAAGCCGGCGACCAGACCGGAGGCUCGAUGCCAUACCUCGCCAUCGUGGUGGCAGCGAUUGUCUUCGACUCUCUGACUGCCAGAAGAUGGCUUCCAGAACGACACAUGACGGCCUUGAUCGGAUCAGCAGUCCUUGGGCUACUAUGGGCGGCGUUGCGACAAUCUGGUGAGAAGGCAGAGUACAUGCUGCCGACAUGCGGCGCUUUGUGGCUGGCAUCAUGGAUCGUGCUGGUCGGAGCUAGCGCUCGCUGCUUGCGGCGGCGUAUGGUGUUUGUGACCUUGGCUGUCUUCAUUGGUGGAGGCGCGCCGGUGCUGGCCUUGUCAUUCCUUUCGGGACAAGAUGCUCCAGAGGCUAACCCGACCAUCACCUUGCUGUUCCAGACUAUUGAUCAAGCGGGUUUGCUGAUGGAGACAGCCUGGACAGUAGCCAUUUUCCUGGUACAGCAACUGUGCGGUUGGUGA